AUGCGACGGACUUCCCAAGGGGCCACAGGAGGGGGGCCCCCAAAGGGGCCCCCCAGGCGCAGCAGUGCGUCUGCAGCAAAGACAGGGGGCCCCCCUGGCUCGCGGCCUUCCUCCUCUGGGUCCACCGCAGCAGCAGCAGCAGCAGCAGCAGCAGCGCUGCCGCGCGAAGCAGUGUGCAGGCCGCUGCUUGCUGCUCGCAAACCCCACAAACUCCGCAAAGGUUUUGCUGCUGCUGAAGUGCUGCCGAAUGGCCACGACCGCUCCAUUCUUUGCCUCGACCUCCACCCCUCCAAGAUGUACUGCGCCACAGGGAGCGCGGACGGUGGUCUGCGUGUGUUUCGGCUUCCGGGGGCCCCCCGGGGCCCCCCGGGGGGCCCCCCGGGGGCCCCCGGGGGCUCUUUG